AUGAGCGAACAGUUCAACAUGGGUAAGGAGGAGGAAGCGCAGUCGGGCGACGUGGUCGACUUUGAGGGAGACUCCGACACCCACAACCCGCAGAACUGGCCCAUGGGGAAAAAGGUGUAUACGACAGCCCUGUGGGCCCUGACUACAUGCUGGAUCACCUUUGCCUCCGCCAUUUACUCGGCUGGCACAGCAGAGAUUAGUGAGGAGUUCCAUGUGUCGUACGAGGUGGCCAACGCGGGCACCAGUCUACUCAUUUUCGGGUUUGCUCUGGGACCCAUGCUCUGGGCGCCUCUGUGUGAAGUUUAUGGCCGGAAAUGGCCUGCUCUCGCUCCCUAUUUCAUUAGCGCAGCCUUCGCCUUCGGCACUGCGACCGCCAAGGAUAUCCAGACAAUCCUAAUAACAAGGUUCUUCGCCGGCGUGUUCGGCAGCUCCCCCAUCUCCAUCACAGGCGGUUCCAUCGUCGACAUCUGGACCCCACGCCAGCGGGGUACCCCCAUGGUCUGCUACGGCAUCACCAUCGCUGCGGCGCCGACCCUGGGGCCUAUCAUCGGCGGCGCCUUUAUCGCGAGCGGCUGCGGCUGGCGCUGGACCGAGUAUUUGACGGGCAUCGUCAUGAUGGUCCAGUUCGUCCUAGACGCCUUGUGGCUAGACGAGAGCCACGCUGACGUGCUUCUCACUCGCAAGGCAGGCCGCCUCCGUCGGUCUACGGGGAAUUUCAGUCUCCACGCUAAGUGGGAGGAGACUAGCCCAACGUUCAAGAGUCUACUGAGUACAUACCUUGUCCGACCGUUUCAGAUGCUUCUGGAUCCAAUCUGCCUCUUGCUUACGAUCUAUACCUCUUUCGUCUAUGCAAUCCUUUACGCGAGCUUGGAGAGUUUCGCCUUAGAAUACGGCCGGUUCCGGGGAUGGGGACCCGUAGUGAGCCAGCUUCCCUUCCUGUCGCUGUUGAUUGGCUGUCUCUUUGCCGCGGCGGCCAACAUCUUCAACAACAUCUAUUACGGAAAGAAGCUCGUCGCCAACAACUUCAAGCCUGUUCCUGAAGCGAGACUUCCACCAAUGAUGGUGGGCGGCUUCGCCUUUUCUGCAGGUCUUUUCCUUUUUGGCUGGACCUCGGUCGAGCACGUCUCUAGCCCAUGGCCGUCCAUCAUUGGCGUCUUCCUCACAGGGGUUGGCUUCACCACCAUCUUCCAAUCCUCCCUCCAGUAUCUCGUCGACACUUUCACCCGCUACAGUGCUAGCGCUAUUGCGGCUAAUACUUUUGUCCGAUCCAUGGCUGCAGGUGCCUUUCCUCUCUUUGUCUGGCCCAUGUAUGAAAAGAUCGGCAUCGAUUGGGGGAGCACUAUCUUUGCCUGCAUUAGCGUGCUUCUGCUGCCAGCUCCCUUCCUCUUUUUCAAAUGGGGUUAUCGGAUCAGGGCCCGUGGCGAAUUCAGCAAGCUCUCGACCUAUUAA